UUUACCGGCAAUCUCCGGUCGCCCACUGUUUCGUUUUCCUUCUUUCUAAUUCUCCCCGUUGGCUCUAUAUACGGGAGCGUUAUUCUUCCCUGUAAAUCCUAAUCUCUCUCUCUCUCUCUUCGGCCAUGGGAGACCGUGACGGAGCUUUCAAAGAAUUAGAAUCAAUCGGAGAAAUCGAUGGCGCCGAUGCUCUUUUAGCCUCUAAACGCUAUAGUUGUUUUUGCUUCCCUUGCUUUGGACCUCGCCGGUCGGCUUCCGACGAGGUAUCAUGGUGGGAACGGGUGAAGACGAAGGCAAAAUCCACGAAGUUCGACGGAGAAGAUCACUGGUGGACCGGCGGAAUCAGAUCCCUCAAAAAGCUUCGUGAAUGGUCUGAGAUCGUCGCCGGUCCGAGAUGGAAGACUUUCAUUCGCCGGUUUAAUAGGAACCGUCCGGCCACUGUCAAGCUCGGGAAAUUCCAAUAUGAUCCUAUCAGUUACGCUUUGAAUUUCGAUGACGGGCAUAAUGGGGAUGUGGAUUUCGACGGGGAUGAAUACAGUGGUGGUGGGUUUCAGAACUUCUCCGACCGGUUUGCUGCCGUGCCGACGCCUGUGAAGUCGUCGGGAGCGCCGGCGGUGAAUGGUUAGGGUGCGGCGGUGACGGUUGCGGUGGUGAUGACGAUGGCGGUCUUGUUUUCUCCGGUGAAGUUGAACGGGCGGUUUCCGUCCGGUCUUGGGCUUUUAACGUAUCUUUUUCAACUGAUGAGCUGGAAGUUGACCGUUCGCGGUGAAAUAGGAGGCGCCAAUGGCGGCUGUACGCGUGUUAAAUAAGAUAGUCUGACUGUUUUUGUGGGGGUGACGUGGAGCAAAAUGGUGGUGUUCAUAUUCUUAUAGUUGAUAUAAUUUUGUUUUUUUUCCAAUUAAAUUUGUAUGAUUCCAAAUUUCAAAUAGAGUUUUAUUUAUAUAAAUUAUUGAUAUCAAGAGAAA